AAUUUGAGUUUAUGAAUAAUAACAUUAGUCAUUGAGUUUAAAGCGUUGAAUGUAUUUUUUUUCUCAGUUAAGACUGCACUAUUUUUCGAGUGAUCAAUAUAAAGGUAUAGAAAGAAAUAAUGCUUGUUUGCAACUCUCAAAAGUUCAGACAGUCUGUUUAACGAAGUACACCACGAUGUGCUUUACUAAUCUAAUGUGGGAAUGGGUUGCUUAAACUCUGUGAAAAGUGAAUGGUUAAUAGAUAGAUCGAUAAAGACAGACAUCACCUGUUUACACAACUGCUUACAAACAUUCAUUAUACACGAAUGAAGUCAAGCUGGAGCAUUUCAAAAUAUAGAUUUGCAAAUCCUAGUUUAACUCUUUUGCAUAGCCAACAACAAAUCUUGCUUAUUUGUUUCUUUUUCGAACACGUAAAAUAACACUGAGAAUAGCGGCCUGGUUGCCUGUGUCGCCAUGUAAAUCGGCGAAUAAUAAUAAAAACACCAUCUUCUUCUCGUGCAAACGCAGUGCGUUAGAAUCCCGCCAGCGGCUGUACAGAUCUCAUGAAUAUUUAAUAAGGUCAUUAGUGAGGCACUUAUGAUUGGUUGUCUGAAGCUAAACACGACGUAACAUUAACAAGCUUUUCUUUAAAAAAAUUUUUUUUUUACUUUUUUAACUUGAGAAGGUUAAAACUGACAUUUAUUAAAAAUGCACUGCGGCUGUGAUAUUCGGGCAGAAACACAACAAACAUUGUAACAAAAAGGCUGACUCAAUCUUGCAUACAGUCGUUGUGCACCAGGGGGCGUUGUACUAAAGUGGCGCUAUGGUGCUGAGCUUGAUUCUUCGCCUCUGGUUCGUGAGAUACACUGGGCGGGUCUAUAAACGGACGCCGAGGAUGCUUGAGGAUUCAUUAUUAACAGUCGACACUUUAUUUAAAAUAUAACGGCAUCACGGUGUUUAAUUUAAUUGGUGAACCGUUGCUUUAGUUGGCUUUCACGGGAAUCUAUGACAGAGCGGCAAAAGUAAACUGGAAAUAGUCGUCUUUGUCUAACAAUCAAUCGAUUGCCAGUGUAACUGCCACAGCGAUGUUUUGUUAUUUAAUGGUUUUUAAUGCUCGUUUGUAACUGUGGAUCUCAAAGCGUGUCUUAAAAGCUUUACCGGUUCUCUGACGUCGUUUGUGUUUUUUGUCGGACGUUAGCAGGAUAAUAAUGUAAUUCAGUGUAAACGGCUGAUAAUGAAUUAAACUGUUUCCCACGCAUUUGGACAUUAACGAUUCGCUUGGUAAUGACGGCGACGCGAUGCUUUCUUUGUCAUAGCUGAAAGACAAAGAAACAUCAGAAUUGUUGUGAUAACGCAGAAACAUCCGGUAACGGUAGAUGUGUUUGUCUCUCGUCGUUUACCUCAGCAAGUUUUGCCGUUAUUUGUCCAUGUUUACCACCGACAGACUCACGGUUCCCGAAUAUGUCAGCAAUCGGCUACACAACCGGAGGACGAACUCUGGCCCCAGGGCUGUGUCUCCGGGCAUCAGCGCCGACGUCCAGGCCGUGUUGAACGGAUCUCUCCCCGCGCUGCGCUCCGCCAUCAAAACACUCAAGUCUUCCAGAGACACUGGAGAUGUGGAGGAGACCCGCCGGGCCAUUGCUGAGACUUUCCAGCUCGUCGAGGAGGCCUGGGUCCUGCCCACUGUGGGCCGACAGGUAGCGGAGGAGAUGUGCAACAGGAUCCGGCUGGAUGGGGGUCUGGAGCUGCUCUUACUGCUGCUGCAGACCCCGGCGGUAGAAAUCACAUACGAGUCUGCCAAGCUCCUUGAGCAGAUACUGGUCUCAGAAAACAGGGACUAUGUGGCACGUAUGGGGCUUGGGGUGAUCUUGAACCUGACCCGUGAGCAGGAGGAUGCCCAGCUGGCACGGAGCGUGUCGGGCAUCCUGGAGCACAUGUUUAAACACACAGAGGAGACAUCUGCGCAGCUCAUCACUAAUGGAGCACUGGACACCCUCCUGUACUGGUGCCGUGGAACAGACCCAACUGUACUGCGGCACUGCGCCGUGGCCCUGGCAAACUGCGCCAUGUACGGGGGGCACCGCUGCCAGCGGCUGAUGAUCGAAAAACAGGCGGCCGAAUGGCUGUUCCCGCUGGCGUUCUCCAAAGAAGAUGAGCUGAUCCGGUUCCAUGCCUGUCUGGCCGUGGCUGUGCUCGCGGCUAACAGGGAGAUCGAGAAAGAAGUGGUGAAGUCUGGUACUCUGGAACUGGUGGAGCCCUUCAUCGCCUCGUUGGACCCUGAAGAGUUUGCACGUAACCUGUUGGACAGCGCAGACAGCAUGCAGGGCCGUACAGCUGCAGACCUUCAGCACUUACUGCCUCUGCUGGACGGCACACGUCUGGAGGGGAAAUGCAUCGCUGCUUUCUAUCUGUGUGUGGAGACUAGUAUCAAGUCCCGUCAACGUAAUACCAAGAUAUUUCAGGAGAUUGGAGCUGUUCAGAGUCUAAAGAGGAUCGUCAUGUACUCCAGUAACGCCACCGUUUGUUCUCUGGCUAAGCGGGCCUUAACAAUGAUGAGCGAGAAUGUCCCUAAGCGUAUCCUUUCAUCUGUACCCAACUGGAAGAGCGGAGAGGUACAGACCUGGCUGCAGCAGAUUGGUUUCAGUGCAUUCAGUGAACGGUUUCAGGAAUUGCAGGUGGAUGGAGAUCUACUGCUCAACAUCACAGAACAGGAUCUGAUCCAGGAUCUGGGAAUGACUUCUGGGCUCACUCGCAAGAGGUUUCUUCGAGAUCUGCGUGUACUGAAAACCUAUGCUAACUACUCCACAUGUGACCCCAAUAACCUGGCAGACUGGCUGGCUGAAAUAGACCCACGAUUCCGUCAGUACACCUACGGCUUGGUUCAGUCAGGAGUCGAUCGGAACAAUAUCGUCCACAUUACAGACCAGCAGCUGCUGUCUGACUGCCUUGUAGAGAAUGGAAUCCAUCGUGCCAAGAUACUCUCUUCUGCCCACCGCCCUGCUAAACCCUGCUUAACCGAUUCCCAACCUACAGGCCCUGACGUGUUCAUCAGCUACCGUCGCACUACCGGUUCACAGCUUGCCAGCCUGCUGAAGGUGCAUCUACAGUUGCGUGGUUUCAGCGUCUUCAUUGAUGUGGAGAAACUGGAAGCUGGCAGGUUCGAGGAGAAGCUGAUCACGAGUGUACAGCGAGCACGCAACUUUAUUUUGGUGCUGUCAGCCAACGCGCUGGAUAAAUGCAUGGGCGACGUGGCUAUGAAAGACUGGGUUCAUAAGGAGAUUGUCACCGCCCUGAAUGGGAAGAAGAACAUUGUUCCUGUCACUGAGAACUUUGUGUGGCCUGAUCCGACCUCUCUGCCAGAAGACAUGAGCAGCAUUCUCAAAUUUAAUGGCAUUAAGUGGUCCCACGAGUAUCAAGAAGCCACUAUCGAAAAGAUUCUGCGCUUCCUCAAGGGGGGCCCAAGCCAAGAGCAACCAGACGGAGCAAAAACAGACAAAAAAGAGCCACAAAAGAAAUAAAACGAUAAAAAAAAGCCCUCCAUUUUGCCUAAUAAAUGUUUCCGAUAAUGGCUCAUAACCAGAACACACCUGCUUACUCCUCAGAGGCCAGUGUUUCCUUUGGUUGUAUGCAUGCAGCUGGUAUAGAUAGAUACAUAAGUGUAACCUACUCAAAGAUGCAAUGAAAUACAAGGUGCAGUCACAUUAAGAACAUUUUGCCAAUAUUUUACAAAACAAUCGCGUCACUAUAGCAAUAUACGAAGUAUCACUAAUAUAGAAGUCACUUUCAAAUCAAGUAGCUUUCUAUCAUUGGUAAAGUCUUUCACCCUCAUGAAUAAAAGCUAAAGUGAAUGUGACCGCACCUUAAGGAUUAUUCUGAGCUAUUUACAGCAUUAUGCCUCUUUGUGGCUCUAAAUAACACUGAAUAUGUGAAUUAAUAAUGAACUUGCUAUGUACUGACUGCGCUCCCAGAAUUGUGUGGGACAUUUCUGUAACUCAGGAAGUUAAAUCGAUAUCUGCAUUAUCAGUUGUGUUUAUGACAUCAGCGUAGAUCUAAGCAUAGUCAAUCCAUAGUCAGAUAGUACUAGAUCAUCUUCAGUUAUAGCAUGUCAGUUGGAAUUUUGAAAGCCUUAUGAAAUGUUAAACAUCAGUUUUCAUAUUUUCUGAAUUUGGUUUCUUAAAAAUAGUUAGUCUUGGUUCUUUCCAUCCAAAAAUAGUCAAUUCUUUGUUUCUAACGACAGGUUUGUGAUUUUUUUUUCCUGUUAUGUACCGAGCAUCAUAUUAAAGGCAAAUAACUAAAUUUUCGACUCUAAGAAUAUAUCACAACAGUUCAUAAAACUCAACAUUAUUCAUUGUGGUUAUUAUUCACCUCGUGCAGUAUUAGAAACAAGUCCUGACGCGAUGGUUUCAGGACUUGAAUAAAAGAAUAAAUUUUCAGGCACUGUGGUCAAGGAAAAUGCUGAACAUUUACUAACACCUCAAGCUUUAUUCUGCUAAUGAGCUCCCUGCUGUUGCCUUAUGAUGUUUGUCUGAGAGUCUUUCAAGUGUAAUACAGUGAAUAAAAACCUUUACAAUUAAAUAAUAUUCUUUUUUCAUAAAAAACAGCAAUAAAGCUUGAAAAACAA